AUGAAGACCGCCGUGACGAGACUACCCGACGGCCACGGCCAUGUCUACAAAGAAGUGCGCUUCUCUCCCACCGCAACCCCUCCACUCCGCCGAGUCCAGUCGGUCUCGACCAGUACGCCGUCCAUGAUCUCCAAAUUUCGCCCAGUACGCAUGUCGCCGCUAUCACAGGAGGCGGACGCCAGCCUCGACUUGUCGUACAUUGACCAAUCGCGAGAACUGGUGGAGGCCCAGCGAGCGCAUUGGGACAGUGAGCGGGCGCUCUUUGCUUUGGAGCGCCAAUUGUGGGUAAAAGAACGCACGUUACUACGAGCCAAGAUCUCGGAAUUAGAGUCGAUGGUCCAAUGCCAGCGAUCAACUUCCAACUACCUCAACACCCACACGUUUAAACCCUCGUUCGCGUCGCCGCAAUAUUCUGAUUCUCACGAUUCCCUGCCAUCGGCGCAGGUGUGGGAGGGCUCCAGCCCGGGCCAUCGUCCGACACGGGUCUUCCUCGAUGAAGGGAUGGCCGUGAAGCCUCACAUGUCACCUGUCAGCAUUGGUCACAACAGCGAGCCCCCUUCUUUGGAUGCCGCGCUUUCGCCGCGUGCACGAGCGGUAGACGCCCAAUUGCCCAAUAUCAGUAUACCCGUGCCCAUCGAGAAGGUCGAUAGCAAGCUGGACGGGAUCACAUUGAAAUCCACCGCUCUGCCGCCCAAUGUGGUUGCACGCGUGAUCACACCACCCUCGCCCUCACCCUUGGAGGCUCCCAGCCCCGCCCCAGCCACUGAGCCCGCCCGGCCGGUGAGGCCAGGGAUGGAGCAUCGCAAUAGUCUCAAGCUACGGCUAUCAGAUCUAGGACCACCAAAUGAGAAUAGGGUCAGAGACGCCGGCCACACCCCUAUGGCGGUGAUCGAGGUGGAUGUCAGUCUUGGGACCACGGAGAAUGCAUCCCCCACAGAACUAUCGGCAAUCGAGCCCCAAGGCGUAGAUGAAGAAGAAGAAGAGGCACCUUUAGCUCCUGCAGCGACACAAGUGCACCAGCCGUCUGAACACGCGGGGUCCUAUUUUCCCGAUGUGCCCGAUGAUCCGGCGCUGCAAGGGCCUCUUGGCCUGAUUAAUGACAAAGAACACGACAGCAAAUUUCUCAGCGAGCUAGAUUCGCGACUACUGAGCCAGGCCAAACGCAUCCUCUCCACAACUACCAUCGACGAGGAUCUGGAAGAGCCAGAUGACGAAGAAAGCCCGAAUGGCGAACCCGAGCCGGAGAUCAAGUUCAAAAAAUCGACCAAUUUUGGAACCGCUUUUGGCUUAUCCAGUCUUGGGAAAGUCUGA